CAAGUCAGUUCCUCCCGACGACUGAGCUUAACAUACUAUAGAAGAAGCGGGGUGGUGUGAUGCGUUCAGGUGCCGCUCCAUUCAUUCAUUAGACGCCGCGUAGCAGAGCCAUCGUGCCGGAUCAAAUAUGACAUACUGGCUGCUGCUUUAGCAGAAAAGGAGGAGGAGGACUGGGACUCGGCUCAGCGGGGGGCGGCAUGGGCUGUGCACCUAGCAUCCACGUCUCGCAAAGCGGCGUCAUCUACUGCCGCGACUCGGACGAGUCCAACUCGCCGCACCAGACCACCACCACCAUCUCGCAGGGGGGCGGCGGCGCGCUGCACGGCCUCUUCAUCAAGACCGACGCGGCCGAAGCUAUCCCGUCUGUCAUCGCCUACCAGAGCCGACAUUCGAGCUUCAACCUCCGCCAGCGUCGGGACACGGGAGGAGGCGCGCACGUCCUCAUUGAGGCCGAGACGCAGACGAGCGACGCCGGCGUCAAGGUUUCUUCUUCAGAACAAUGUGUGGGACCCAUGAGAGUGAACCAGGAGCCCAUUCAGGUCUUGCUGGUGUUCGCCACGGAGGACAACCAGAGCGACGCCUUGUGGUGGGCGUGUGACCGCGCCGGUUUUAGGUGCAACAUCGCCCGGACGCCCGAGUCUGCGCUCGAGUGUUUCCUGGACAAACAUCACGAGAUCGUUGUCAUCGACGGACGCCACCCUCGCUACUUUGAACCCGAGGUCGUGUGCCGUAUGAUCCGUGCCACGAAGCCUUCAGAAAACACAGUUCUUCUUGCCGUUGUGCCACAAAAGCCAUCUGACCAGGACGAAACCUCUGUUCUUCCCCUUCUGUGCGCCGGAUUCAGCCGAAGGUUUGUGGAGAACGCCAGCGUGUUGGCGUGCUAUAACGAACUGAUUCAACUUGAGCACGGAGAAGUGAGAUGUCACUUCAAACUCAGGGCUUGUAACUCGGCCUUCGCGGCUCUCGAGAAGUGCCAGGAAGCCGUGGAGAUCACCAGUGAAGACCACGUCAUACAGUAUGUGAACCCCGCCUUUGAGCGCAUGAUGGGCUACUGCAAGGGCGAACUGAUCGGCAAGGAGCUGACAGAGCUCCCGAAGAGCGACAGAAACAGGGCGGACCUCUUUGAUGCCAUCAACAGCUGCAUCGAAAAAGGAAAGGAAUGGCAGGGGGUUUGUUACGCCAGAAAGAAAUCAGGUGACAGCGUGGCGCAACAUGUCAACAUAACGCCUGUCGUUGGCCAAGGAGGGAAGAUCCGACACUUCGUAGCCAUCAAGAGGCCGCACCCGGACAACAACAGUCAAGUGCACAAGUAUAACAAGGAGGAUCGGUGCAGUGUUGAAUACUCCCACUCAGAGUGCCACUCUCUACUCCAUCGUGACAGGAGGAAAGACUCGAUGGAUACCAGAUCACUCAGCUCCCGCAGUAGUGACGCUGCCAGUUUACAGAACCGGAGACACUCUUCCGUCGCCAGGAUUCACUCCAUGACCAUCGAGGCUCCCAUCACUAAGGUGAUCAACAUCAUCAAUGCUGCCCAGGAGAAUAGCCCACUGACGGUGGCCGAUGCUCUGGAGCGCGUUCUCGAGAUCCUGAGGACUGCCGAGCUCUACUCGCCUCAGCUGGCAACCAAGGAGGACGACCCACACGCCAACGACCUGGUCGGUGGGCUCAUGAACGACGGGCUGCGACGGCUAUCUGGCAACGAGUAUGUUUUCACCAAAAACAUGAGCCAAAGCCAGCUGGCACUUCCUGUUACACUGAGCGAUGUCCCUCAGUCCGUCGCUGACAUGCUUAACGAUGAGGAAUGCUGGGAGUUCAACAUCCUCGAUUUGGAGGCGGCCACGCACAAAAGGCCCCUGACUUACCUGGGCCUGAAGAUCUUCACCAGUUUCGGGGUGUGCGACUUCCUCGACUGUACCGAGACAUCGCUUCGCUCCUGGCUGCAGCUGAUGGAGGCCAGCUAUCACUCAUCCAACGCCUACCAUAACUCUACGCACGCCGCUGAUGUGUUGCAUGCAACUGCUUACUUCUUACGCAAGGAGAGAGUCAAGAGCAGUCUAGAUCAGCUGGAUGUGGUGGCGGCGUUGAUUGCAGCCACCGUGCACGACGUGGACCACCCGGGGCGAACCAACUCGUUCUUGUGUAACGCCGGCAGCGAGCUGGCUAUCCUGUACAACGACACGGCAGUGCUGGAGAGCCACCACUCCGCUCUCGCCUUCCAGCUCACCAUGCGCGACGGCAAGAGUAACAUCUUCAAGAACAUAGAGCGGAACCAAUUCCGAACGUUGCGGCAGGCCAUCAUUGACAUGGUGCUGGCCACGGAGAUGACGCGACACUUUGAGCACGUCAACAAGUUUGUCAACAGUAUCAACAAGCCCAUGGCGGCCAUCGAUGAGACUGACACCUGUGUGAGUAGAACAUCUAUGUAUGUAAAUACUGAGUUGCUAAGCCAACAUGACGGGAAAGUGUAUCGUGUGUGUUGUGCGCAGAGCAUGAACAGCGACCGCGAGGGUCAAACCAACCUCAAGAACUCUCCGGAGAACCGGUUGCUGAUCAAGCGAAUGCUUAUCAAGUGCGCCGACGUGGCCAAUCCGUGCAGGCCGCUGGAACUCUGCAUCGAGUGGGCGGGGCGCAUCUCCGAGGAGUACUUUGCACAGACGGAUGAGGAGAAGAGGCAGGGGCUUCCCGUGGUCAUGCCAGUGUUUGACCGCAACACCUGCAGCGUGCCCAAGUCGCAGCUCUCUUUUAUUGACUACUUCAUCACCGACAUGUUUGACGCCUGGGAUGCCUUCGCCAGCCUGCCAGAUCUCAUGGAGCACUUGUCGGAGAACUACAAGUACUGGAAGACUCUGGACGACAUGAAGUGUAAGAGUCUGCGUCCUCCGCCGCCAUCUUGACUGCCAACAUGGAGUCUGUCCUCCUCACCCGGGGGAGACAAGCCUCUCUGAGAGAUUUUAAAAAACAAAUAUAUUUUUUGUACAUGCAGAUCCAAGUACAUUGUGGGUUUCAAAACUUUUAAUCAGGAAAAGUAUGCGUGUUGAAACCUGCCACCAGGAAAAGUGUGCAUUGAAAACUUUUACAAGUUUCAAGGGUAACAGGCUUCAACACCCAAACUAUCUGGGUUGGUGACUGUUGAAUCACGCACGUCAUAUGGUACAUUACACCAAUUUUAUAGUAUAGUGUAAUAGCGCCAUCUAGUGCAUACAAUAAGUCUCUACAGGCUCACCGGUUUAAAAAAGAAAAAAAAGGGAGAGAUUAAUGGUCAUGUUUACAUAACUGAUAAAGUGCCAUGUGAAUGAAAGGAGUAUAUGUGAAAAUCAUGGGAAAAGUAAGUUUGGAAAAUAUGUUUACAUGAUAUUUGUAUUGGA